UUCACACUGAAACCGAAAAGAAGCCUGUGCAUGCGCAUCGACUACCGAGCUCUCAACAAGCAGGCCAUCAAGAACAAAUAUCCAAUACCACGAAUCGAUGACCUGCUUGACCAGCUUCGGGGAGCUACGGUAUUUUCAAAACUAGAUCUGCGGUCCGGAUACUGGCAGAUAAGAAUGGCGGACGAUUCCGUUUACAAGACUGCUUUCCGAACUCGGUACGGAUCGUACGAGUAUUUGGUCAUGCCGUUCGGACUCACCAACGCACCUGCAACUUUCCAAGCAGAUAUGAAUCAUAUCCUACGCGCACUCUUGGUCGAAGGCGUGGUGGUGUACCUGGAUGACAUCCUCAUCUACUCACGCGACAUGCAACAAUACAUCGAGCACCUACGACGCGUCUUCGAAAUUCUUCGACAAGAACGCUUCUACGUCAAACUAUCCAAGAGCGACUUCGCCUUCGAGAAAGUCCAAUUCCUCGGACAUAUCGUAAGCGCUCAAGGAGUUCACGUCGACCCCAAGAAAAUCGAAGCCAUUCGUACGUGGAAGACACCCGAGAACGUGAAGGAGUUACAGCAGUUCCUUGGCUUUGCUAACUACUACAACAGGUUCGUGCCACAAUACGCGAAGAUUGCCGCGCCACUCACGAAUCUGCUAAAGAAGAACACGCCCUACCCCGAACGCGACUACGUCAUCGAAGCUGAUGCCAGCGACCAGGCAGUGGGAGCAGUCUUGAUGCAAGACCAGGGGAAUGGCCUGCAACCAAUUGCCUACCUCCGCAAAAAAUUACAUGGAGCAGAACUCAACUACGCGAUACACGACAAGGAGGCCCUUGCUAUCAUCAUCGCCUUCAAAACGUGGAGAUGUUAUCUCGAAGGGCGCAAGACGACAGUCUACACUGACCAUUGCAGCCUAAAAUAUUUGAAGACGCAACCAAGCCUCUCCAGGCGGCAGGUCCAAUGGAUUGACUUCCUCAAGACACACUUCCACUACGACAUCGUGUACAAGCCCGGCCACAAAAACAAAGCAGACUCGCUUAGCCAGCCUGCACACCCUCUACAUGUCCCAGAACAGCCAUGGCAAGUGGUAAGCCUAGACUUCAUCACCAGGCUACCAACUACCACAAGCGGUCAUGACGCGAUCCUCGUCGUCAUUGACAAGUUCUCCAAAAUGGGACACUUCAUCCUGACACACACCACAGCACGCACCGAGGAGACGGCACAACUCUUUGUUCACUACAUCAUCUCACAACAUGGCAUUCCGACCACACUCAUCUCCGAUCGAGACCCUAAGUUCACCAGUAAAUUCUGGAAAGAACUAAUGUCUCUACUUGGGACCAAACUUGCCAUGUUAUCCGCUUACCAUCCGUUGACAGAUGGACAGACCGAGCGCCUCAACCGAAUUGUGGAGCAAAUCCUCCGUGCAGCCUGCAAGGACGACAACUCCAAAUGGGACUUGCAUCUGCCCGUCCUGGAGUUUGCCUACAACAAUGCUAUUCACGCCGCUACUGGACAGACGCCGUUCUUCCUCUGUUACGGACACCACCCACUCACACCACAACAGCCAACCAUACCAGCCACAAUUCACAACGCCUUCCAUGUCCAACUCUUGAAGCCCUACAGAGAUCCCAACACGGUGUUUUCUGGACGCCAACCGCCGCUGCCGCCGCCCGUCCUCGUCCAUGACGAACCCGAGUACGAGGUCGAGUCCGUGCUUGCUCACCGCCGUCGACAGAAUGGCACCGUGGAGCUUCUCAUUCAUUGGAAGGGUUAUGAUCCUUCAGAGGAUAGCUGGGUCUCUGAAUCCGAGAUGGAUCACGCUCGUCGUCCUCUUCACGACUACCUUGUCAAGCAGGGGCCGCCGGCGCCGCCGCCGUCGCAGCCGCUGUCACCGCCGCCGCAACCGCCGCAGCCGUCGUUGCAGCCACCGCCGCCGCAGCCAUCGCAGCCGCCAUAAUGGACACGUCGUUAAGAAAGUCCAUGGGUCCUUUACCCGGGGGUGGGAUCAUUUAUUUUGGCAGACCCCGUGAGGACCCGCUUUUUGGCAUUUAACAUUUUAGGACCCCCCAG